AUGUACGCAAACCGCAAGGAACUACAGCACAGACGGGCCCGAGUGAAGCUUCACGAAGCGGACUUCGUGAGAUUGGCGUGGCUCCACUCGUACCGUCAGGUAUUGAACUCACCUUGGUCAAAACCAGACAAGCAGACGGUCAUUGCAGUGGCUCAGGACUGGGUGCCUAUCCUGGAUAAAGUCUUUGGGCAGAAGUGGUGCAGUGACCUCUGGCAAAUCAAAGAGGUCACCACUAGUAAGGAGCAGCACACCGGCCUGAGCUCGGGCUCCAUGACUGACAUGGACAGUCUUAUUCGAGAGACGCUCAUGCCAUCUUGCCUGGCCUCUCAAAGGAAGCUGGAGCUUGAGGUGGGGCAGCCGCCUUGGUUGCAGGUAGACGAUAUGGAGGUUCUUUCUUUUUCCUCGGAAGCCCAAGGCGUUCCUGUCGUCAGCUCCACAGGUGAUGACUCUCAAAUCAGAUCCCCGUCAAUGUUGCAAAGACUCCUGACACUCCCUUCCCAGUUGCUUGAGGGUGACGAUGAGUCAAUGGAUGCUGCUCCAAGUGUGGAAGCAUCCACAGAACCAGCCGAUUCACAAAGCAGCAAAGGCCCAAAGAGUAACCAGAAGAAAAAGGAAGAAGAGAAUGAAGAUGAGGAGGACGACGAAGAUGACGACGAGGCCACACCGAUGCGAGUCCUCAAAACACAAAGGUAGGAGGAAAUCCCAUGCUUGCAAAGAGUGCGGGCGAAAGUUCAGCCGGGCACAUCUUCUCAGAGCUCACCGGCAAACGCACGAGGAGACGCCCAACCGGUGCCCACAAUGCGGAAAGAGUUUCUCCCAGUCUUCGAGACUCCAGGCUCACUUACGGACGCACACGGACAAAAUCAUGUGAUCGGGGAAUUUAGGAAAUUAAUUGAAAAAGGGAAUGUUUGUUGCAAUUUGGUCGAGACGGUAAAUUUCAUUUCAAGUUCUGCUGAAGGAAAUGCAAAGCUUGUAGCCUUUUUUUUUUGUUAGUUUGAAGAUACUCUAAGGAUCUUCAGAUGCUUUCUACCUUCAUUUCAGUUCCCUAAUUUUAGGGAUUCAAAUAUCAACUGAAGAAACAACAAAUGUCAGUAACGACAA